AUGGCCAAGGAGAUCAAAAAUUUUGAAGUGCUCUGGCCAGGUCUCUACCAGGGCCCCAGGGUUGCAAGGCCGCAAACGUGCCUGUCAAGAUUCAGCAGUGACGGGUCACGGCAGCCGGGGCGGGAAAUUUCGACCUGCAUCCCGUUGACUUGGAUGCCCUGGUCACACUGUCCGAUAUCGACAUGUGCCCGACAAGUGCAUAUCACCAACAAUCCAUCUCGCCAGUCCAGUCUCAACUACGCUCAGACACCGGGCGGUUGGUCUUGGUCAAUGCAGGUUCGGCGUGGCCUCGCGAGCCGCAUCAACAUCAUCAAAUCAACGCCCCAUCUUGAUAUGCUCGUGCUAGCAAUGGCAUCCAUUCAUGGCUUGGCUGGUCUCCAGGUAGGGCAGGCCACAGACAAGUCUUCGCAUACUUUGUUCGUACAGAACACGAGAAUACCAACUUUGGCAGAGGGUUCACCUUUGGAGGCGGGUGGCGUCGAAUGGGCUGCCAUCCUUGUACGGGUAGCUGACGGUGCUUAUUCCUCCCGGACAAAUACAGGCCGCGAUAUCCGCACUCCGCAAUCACACAAUCACAAGCGAGAACUUCCUUCUUCCGUAAUGAAUAAGGCGAGCAUGCUGAUCCGAGGAUUAUCGGAUAUGAGCUUUUGGUCACAAUACGAUGAGGGAGACCAUAGACUCGACCACCUAUUCAGCAGCCGACGCAAGCACCGGGAGGGUAUACCUAUUCCGCGAACCUCCACCAUGGGAGUCAGCAAUGAGCAUUGGAGAUCCAUACGUAUGAUGAAGAAGGUCAGCAACAAGAGACGACCGAGGAAGGCGUAUUGCGUUACCUUGCAAGGCAAGACAUGGAGUUCCAGGUCUCCUAGCCAGCCGACCGUGUUAAGAGGUAAAUGGCCCGGCUACGGCCACCAAUAUGGUUCUAAGCCCAGUCUUCGGGCUUUCCUGGGGGAAUCGGAGCGCCUCCUCCAACACCAUCUCACCUCGAUACUCGCCGUUGAACCCCAUCAACGCCGGUCGCAACUUAGCUUAUUGCCAUUGCGGAACCUGCAUCGACCCGCACUCGCGGAUCGCCAUAACAGUGGCAUGCCGCAUAAUCAGCAGAUGCAGAUAUCAACGGCGAGAAUAUCGGAAAAGAGGAGGUAUUGGAGAAACGGAGACAACCAAGGGAACGUAGUUACGAACCACACCUUGCAUCCACCAAUCGACGAUUUGACUCUAUCGCCGCCCGACGGUCACUUGGCAGGCCUUGGCUUGCAGAAACCAGUCGAAAUUCAAGUUGAGAACAUCCAUCGUGGCACAAGAACCCCCGUCUCCCAGCUUGAGUCGAGACAUCGAUGCAACUCAGCGUGUGAUGGCUCCCGCAAGCCUCACACCGAAUUGGUGCAAUUAUUGCUCCUCUCGGAAACCUACGUCUGCAAAGUACCCAACCCACGCAUAGCGGACGGUUUGCCCUUGAGACACCAAAUCCAUGGACCAAUGUGGCACUCAGACUCGUCCGGUCACAAGUGGCAUGUCUCAACAUGCUGCGAUUCAGAAGUUCGCCCCAUCAUAUCCGUCUGCGUACGCAUCUGCCCGUUCACCACCGGGGCCGUCUUGUCGGCCGACGGGGUCCUGUUCUGCUCCAAUGCGGGAAACAACUUUGAAACAAGCCCUGCGAGACACUUGCAGGACAGCGUGCGUGGCCUCAAGAAAGCAAGAACGGUUGAUGGGGUGUUAGGGGACCAUUAUGCCGGACUUGAUUCCUGCAGCGACUCGCCGUUCAUGUUCCUCGAGGCUUCUCGAAGCAUACGGUCGCGAAUGACAGAGAUGAGGCAAUAUGCGAUCCGCGCUGUCAGGGCAAUUUUCGACGACGAAGACUUCACGGCAUACUUGCAACUUCCCUUUGCCAACACGACCUCCAAAGAACAAAAAAAAACUCACCGCCCAGAGUCUUCCAUCCCCGAUGACCCCGACAGCCGGACGGAUCAACCAACCAGUCACCUUGCGGGACUGACAUGUCGCAUCAUCGGAUCCGGGGUGAGACCUUCGGCUGCCCUGUGCAUUGCCUCCCCAGCCAACGCGUCACUUGUGCUUCGGCCGGGCGGGCUUCGCUGGCCGUCCGGGCUUAUGCCGAAUCGGAUUUUCCUUGGCAGCCGGCGCGGAGUAUUGAUUAUUGAGCUGACGACGCCAAUCGUCUGCGAUGACGUCGUGGUUCUCGGUGGGCUAUGA